AUUUCUCUGCUCCUUCCAUAGAAGAUACACACGCACGCGCUCGCCUAUAUAAAUACACGCGCAUACCAUUCUUUUUAUAUGAUUCUCUUCUCAUCCGCACUUUCAGAACCAGCAGGCUUCUUUCACUUCAGCGUUUUUGAAUUAAGAAAUGGGACAAGCUUUGGGUUGUAUUCAAGUGGACCAGUCCACUGUUGCUAUCAAAGAAACUUUUGGGAAGUUUGAUGAUGUGCUUGAACCUGGUUGUCACUGUCUGCCUUGGUGUUUGGGGAGCCAGGUUGCUGGUCACCUUACUUUACGUGUACAACAGCUGGAUGUUCGAUGUGAAACAAAAACCAAGGACAAUGUGUUUGUUAAUGUGGUUGCAUCCAUUCAGUACAGAGCCUUGGCUGAUAAAGCUUCAGAUGCUUUCUACAGGCUCAGCAAUACCAGAUCACAGAUACAAGCCUAUGUCUUUGAUGUUAUUCGGGCAAGUGUUCCAAAGCUGGACCUGGAUGCAACCUUUGAACAGAAAAAUGACAUAGCAAAAGCUGUGGAAGAAGAACUAGAGAAGGCCAUGUCACAUUAUGGAUACGAGAUAGUUCAAACUCUUAUUGUGGACAUUGAACCUGAUGAGCAUGUAAAGAGAGCAAUGAAUGAAAUCAAUGCAGCUGCUAGGAUGAGGUUGGCUGCAAACGAGAAAGCUGAAGCAGAGAAAAUACUGCAAAUCAAGCGUGCUGAGGGAGAUGCUGAAUCAAAGUAUUUGGCAGGGCUUGGUAUUGCUCGUCAGCGGCAGGCGAUUGUUGAUGGGCUAAGGGACAGUGUGCUAGCCUUUUCUGUGAAUGUACCAGGCACAACGUCAAAGGAUGUCAUGGACAUGGUUCUAGUCACUCAAUAUUUUGAUACCAUGAAGGAAAUCGGUGCAUCCUCUAAGUCAAACUCUGUUUUCAUCCCACAUGGACCCGGUGCUGUGAAGGACAUUGCAUCACAGAUAAGAGAAGGUCUCCUUCAGGCCAGUGCUACGACUCAGUAGUGUUCUAAUCAGGCAAUAUGUUUGUCUGAGUAAAAAAUUGAUGAUAAUAAGUUAAGUUUGGUUGAAUUUUCGUAGAAUUUUAUUUUACUUUGUGGUAUAUUGCGAUGCAAGUAAAGAGUGGUAUAGGAUACAAUAAGGUUAACGUGUGUAGUAGUCGUUAAUUUUGUUUUGUAAAAAUAUUAAAAGACAAAUUUUACGUGUGGUGUUUUGUUGGAAAAGUUGUGGAUAUAAUUGAAUGCGAUUGGGGUCAUUCAUGGACUGUUUAUAGCUGGAGAUGGGUUAUUGCUAUUUAGUAUUUACACCUCUGUAACUCAAGAAACUGACACUUUUUUUUUUCUGUUCAAAUUAUGUUUUGACUGUCA